AUGAUGGAGUUCGACUUGAACGAAGUUUUUUCAAUUCUUGAUGAAAACGACGAGGGUCAAAUUCAAUUACGUCGUUUUGUCGAUGUUGCAAAUAAUUACUAUUCGGAUGCAGAACAACUUGCCCGUAUUACUAAAGCGCUAGAUCCGAAUAAUACAGGUUUAAUCAAUUUCGAUCAGUUUUGUCAAGGAAUCGCUCAGAUCAGUUCGCUACAAGGUGUGUCUUUGAAAGACGUGGCAUCCGAUUUAUCAAGACGUAGUCGAGAGAAUUCUCUGGCCGAAGAUUCUGAUCAGCGAAGUUUGAAUCAAGACGGCAGUACAACAACAUUUAACGAGUACGACGUUGAAACUGACGAGACAUCAAAUCAACAGAAUAAUAGUAAAAUACAACCAAUAAUCAAGAAAAGCAAUCAUACGAAUCACGAUACUGAUAAAAAUCAGAACAGUCAUAGAAAUAUUCAAUCAAGUUCACCAAUAUUGGAUUCAUCUGUUUUCGGUGAAGAAGAAGAAUUCAGCGGUGUGGCUGAACCAGAUGCGACCAGUUAUAUAUCUGAAAUAUCGCAUAUACGUGCAACGACGCCUCAACGUGCUUCACAAUUGUUGAAACGAAACUCUCUUCUACAAUCGAUUCAUCCUUCUGAAGAAAACGGUCAAAUAUUACAAGAAACAGUAGACGAGUUACAAAAAACGGUCGAAGUCUUAACGGAACAAAAAGCCGCGACCACUGAUCGUUUAUCGAAAAUCCAAAGUGAAAAUUCCGAUUUAAAGAGCAGGCUUUUAGCACUUGAAGAUCGUUUUCACGAUCUCGAAGGACAACAGGCACGUUCAACAGAAAGUGAACAUCAAAAGUACACCGAAUACAUUACCCAAAAAGAUCGAUCUUUUCUUCAAGAAAAAGAAAUUCUUCAAUCAAGAAUCAACGCAAUCGAAACUGAAUUGAAACAAACCCAUGCGACCAAUGGGCAAAUGAAAAAGGAUGUCAAAGAUUUACAAAAAAAACUUGAGAAUGUUGAUAAUCAAUUACAAGAAAGUCAACUUCGAUGUGAUGAUUUGGCCGAUGAUAAUGAAAAACUAAUAGAACAGUUACGUCUUCAACGUGAAGAACUUGAAGCUCAAAAGUUGGCCAAUGAACAGCUUGCGGAACAAUUAUCAUUUGAUUCAUCGCGACAAAUGUUCGGACACACAUUGACUCGAACGGAAAAUAUCAUUAAAAGCUCAGAAAUACGCAUACAAGACCUUGACGCUCAAGUUCGUGCAUUGAAACAAGAAAAUGAAGCACUCAAAUUUGAAAAUGAGAAAAUGAAAGAAGAUGCUGUUAUUUCUGGUAUCAAAGAAGGUCGAGGAAUACUCAACGACCACGGAUCACUACCAUGGGAUGAACAACUUGAACUUCUCUCAAAAGAUGAGCUGAUGAGCAAAUUGAGAGAACAACAUUUGGUUAAUAAUCGUUUACGCGAAUACAUCGAACGAAUGCUCAGUGUAAUCAUCGACAAUAGUCCUCAAUUACUCGAAGUGACCAUGAAUGGUGGCGUCUCUCUUGCUUCUUUUGGCAUGCCAUCAUCUCUGGCAAACGAUAAUCGAAAAGCACCGUUAAUCCCAUCAUCGAAUGAUACUGAGAAUAAAUCUCUUCCCGUUGAAUCAUUGAAACUCACUGAAUCAACAUCGAAUGUCAAUGGCAAAUCAAACGACAAGUAUUGCCGCCUCUCUUGA